CUCACAGGCGGCGGCGGCAGUGGCGGCGGCGGCGGCUCCGGGAGCCGGCGCGGAUCCGGCCCCCGGUGCGGGGCCCGGGCAGGUCUGGAAGAGCCCCGCCUGGGCCCAAGUGUGCAGAGGAUGGAAACAUUCCCCCGGCAAUGUCUCUGGGCCGCCUCCUUCGCCGGGCCUCCUCCAAAGCCUCAGACCUCUUGACCCUCACCCCCGGUGGCGGCAGUGGGCCCCCUUCCGUCCUGGAUGGGGAGAUCAUCUACUCCAAGAACAAUGUCUGCGUGCACCCGCCAGAAGGGCUGCAGGGGCUGGGGGAGCAUCACCCAGGCUACCUCUGCUUGUACAUGGAGAAGGAUGAACUGCUGGGGGCCACCCUCAUCCUCGCAUGGGUCCCCAACUCCCGGAUCCAGAAGCAGGACGAGGAGGCGCUGCGUUACAUCACCCCCGAGAGCUCCCCUGUGCGCAAGGCACCCCGCCCUCGGGGCCGGCGUACCCAGAGCUCGGGGGCCCCCCACCCGCCAUCCCCGCUGGAGCCCAGGCCCACCCUAAUCCCCAGAGAUGAGGACAUCCUGGUGGUGGCCCAGAGCAUCCGAGACCCCGAGUGUGUCAGCCCUUCGCCCGAAGACGGGGAGAAGCUGGCCCUGGGCUUGGGAACAGACAGCUCCCUCCUGGCCUCUCAGCCGGUCCACAGCGACUCGGGAAUCUUGUCGGCGAUCAGUUCGCAGGACGGGACGGAAGAGGGCCGGGAGCCGCGACCCGAGGCGGGCGAGGAGGAGGGCUCCUUGGAGCUGUCGGCCGAGGGCGUGAGCAGGGCCAGCUCCUUCGACUCGGACUCAGAGGCCUUCUCUUCACCCUUCUGCCUCUCGCCCAUCAGCGCCGCCCUCGCAGAGAGCAGCAGCUCCGUGUUCCUGGAGAGCGAGAGCGGGUGA